CUCCCAGCUUGGAGCUAUGAAACACAGAAAACGGACACAGCAUAAAGAGACUGAAGAAUCAAUAUAGCAGUCCAACAGACAAUUGUUAAGGAUUUCAGAGAACAUGGCACCAUUUUACAUUCCAUCUGUAAGCUUUUUACUGCUUGUUAGUUUGACUAUCACAAGCGCACUCCCGAUGCAAAGCAUGGCUGUGACCAGCAAAGACCUGGAUGACUUGAAGCUUUUGCUUAGCCAACUGGAAGAAUUAGUUCCUGCUCAAACACUGAACCCAGAAGAGGAACAAACUGUAAUUGAGGAAGAGGAAGUUUUUCCACAGCCUGAGGUGCUUGCAAGGGACUUCCUCUCAGCCCGGGAUCUGAAGACGGUUCGCCAGGACUCAGGCUCAAAGAAGUACUCAGGAUGUUUUGGUCGCCCACUGGACCGUAUCGGCUCUAUGUCCACACUGGGCUGCAAAACUAUCGGACGUAGCAGUCCAAAGAGUAAAUGAAGUCUUAACUGUUACAUCAUUUCCUGUGAUGGUGCCAGAGUGAAUAUUUAAAUGUCAUUUAUUUAUUAGAAUAUUUAUUGAUCUGUCUAGAUAUGAAUUUAUAUUUCUAUACAUUCUCUAUUUAUACUCAAUAGUCAGU